CCUGUUACCUACACAGAUCCAAACUCACAAGCAAGCUCAGUCAGCACGCCAUGGUGACGAUGAAGCGAUGCAUGGUUCCUACCAUCCUGCUGAUGCUUGGGCUGCAGGCAGCCCAGCUCGUCGCCGGCGACGAUGUGGGCGCCAUUCUCCUGCCGAGCCAAGCCCAAGGCGAAGCAGCCAUGGCGGCGGCCAAGAAGAGGCCAUGGAAGUGCUGCGACGAGCCCUUCUGCACCAGGUCGUUCCCUCCCAUCUGCACCUGCAUGGACCAGGUCUUCAAGUGCCCCAAAACCUGCAAGUCCUGCGGGCCGUCCGCGGCUGACCCGUCCCGCCGGAUCUGCCAAGACCAGUACAUCGGCGACCCUGGACCCAUCUGCCGGCCGUGGAAGUGCUGCGACAAGCCUACCUGCACCAAGUCCAACCCGCCGACGUGCCGCUGCGGCGACGAGGUCGACAAGUGUGCUCCGACGUGCAAGACCUGCCUGCCGUCCAGGUCGCGCCCUUCCCGCCGCGUCUGCAUCGACAGCUACUUUGGGGCCUUCCCGCCACCGUGCACGCCCCGAGAGGCCGUCGCCGCCGGCGGCAAGUAGCUACCGCGCGCGCGUACGCGCUGGUCACCCGAUCGAUCAGCGUGCCGUUGAUCGAAUCGCCACGUCGUCUGUACUGCGACCUCGCUUGCAGCAGCAGCGCUCUGCAGUGGUUGACAAUAUAAUAAACAUGUUUCUGAAGAAA